CACCAAAUACAGUCAACAUGGGUAAAGGUAAACCAAGAGGUCUUAACUCUGCUAGAAAGUUGAGAGUCCACCGUCGUAACAACAGAUGGGCCGAUGAAUCGUACAAGUCCAGAUUAUUAGGUACUGCUUUCAAGUCCUCUCCAUUUGGUGGUUCUUCCCACGCCAAGGGUAUUGUGUUGGAAAAGAUUGGUAUUGAAUCCAAGCAACCAAACUCCGCUAUCAGAAAGUGUGUCAGAGUCCAAUUAAUCAAGAACGGUAAGAAGGUCACUGCUUUCGUUCCAAACGAUGGUUGUUUGAACUUUGUUGACGAAAACGACGAAGUCUUAUUGGCCGGUUUCGGUAGAAGAGGUAAGGCUAAGGGUGAUAUCCCAGGUGUCAGAUUCAAGGUCGUCAAGGUUUCUGGUGUCUCCUUGUUAGCUUUGUGGAAGGAAAAGAAGGAAAAGCCAAGAUCGUAAAUUGUCCUCGAUACAUCAAGAAAUCAUUAUUUCACAUCGCUACUUACUUCAUUUUAUCUAUCAAUACUAUUAUGAUAAGUUAGUUUUCCUUACUAUCGAGAGUCAUUUAUGGUUGUAUAAUUCUAAAUUUACGUGUAUAUUGAAACCAAACAUUGGCUGGGUUGCCUCCUCGAGGUUAAUGCAUACAUUAUAUC